GUGAUCUGUGCCUUGUGUUAUGGUCAUGUGUUCUGUUGAGUUCGUGAUUGGCCGUAACAAGCAGUGUGAUUUUAUUUUUACUAGUCAUUACAUCUCCAGACUACACUGUGAAAUCCUACGUGUACCUCCUCAUGGCACUCUCAUCAUUAAAAAUCUCAAGGACACCAACUUCACAUACGUUGAAGAUCUUGUGCUUCAAGAUGUCAAUAACUUUGCAGAGCUUCGAAGGGGAUCCAGGAUAGGCUUGGGUGUUCCCCUUGUACAUGCCAAAAACGAUAAUUUGUCAAAUAAAAACUUCGUCUUUCUAAAGCUCUGUCAAGAUGAUCCUGAUUCAUCUAAUGAGAAACUAGAGCAUACAGUAUUGUAUGCUGAAGUUUCAAACAAUGAGCAGUCUUUGUUAAACAAUUCUUCAGGCAUUCAAGCAAUGGCUCACAAGAAUGCUCCUGUCAACCACAUUAGGACCCAAUUUACAAAUGAAUACAGUGGAAAUAGACUUGAUCAACCUGGAUCAUCCAAGCAAGGAUCUGAUGUCUUAGAUCCUUUGACAUCUUGCUCAGGUUUCACAUCUGGUAGUGCCUCAUAUCCUGUGUUGCAGAAUCAGGAAACUCGACCUUUUCCUUCAUUACCACAUGGUCCCACAAUGCCUUCAUUGCGACAGGCACCACAAAGUAAACCAUUGACUCAAUGUGUGUCCCAGUUAGAAAAUAGGAUUCAAGAACCUUUAUCAGAAUUACACUUGCAAAAUAAAUAUCAUGAAAGAUCUCAUGUAUUACAUGUUAAUAGAUCAAAUUCUGCACUUAAUACUGUCUACCCAAAUCAAAUGGUAGCAUUACCUUCAAAAGUACAAACAGAUCUCCAAAUUCAGUCAGAAGUUCAGAGUCACAGUCUAGAACACGAUGCAGCUGUUUCAAGAUAUAACCCACAACAGUGGAAUUAUCCUGCUAGUGGGCCACACCAACACUCUCAGUGUAGACUAGAUAACGUACAUGCCUCAGGAACACUCACUAAAAAUGCUUCUGAAAUAUUUCAUCAAAUAGAUUUAAGGCAAAUGGACAGUGCUUCAGGUUCUCAGUAUAAAGAAGUAUUCAGUAAGCUUAAUUCUAAAAGUGGGAUGAGUCAUAUUCCAGAAUCUUCUAAAUCUUGGCAGAGAUAUAGUCAAAAUACAAUUGUAUCAUCCCAAGCACAGGAGACACGAAAGUCAGUAUCAGCAGUGUGCGAGGCAGUCAUGCAUCCUACAUUUUCCCCUGAAUCAACAUCAUUUUCUUUAAAUCUAGAAAUUGAAUCAUGCAAUCAGUCAUCAAAUAUGCAAAUUGUAAGUUCUGCUUACAGAGGUGUUGAUAGUGAACCAAAAUCUCUUGUGCCUAGGUCUUCAAAAUUGCAGGUACAUGGUCAGCAGACCCAGGAUGCCCAGCAGACAGAGUCUUCUGUGUUGGUAGCUCCUAUGCAAGUUCCGAGUUCAAAGGAAUUAUUGAUCGAGUCUGAUUCUUCACAUGGUUCUUCCACAAUUCCAUCAAUACAUCAACUUACAAAACAUCCUGGAAAUGCUUUAUCUUUGCAUGAAGUUUCAGAAACAUCUGUGAAUGUACAACCAAAUAAAAAUUUUGGAGCAAGACAGUCACAACAAACUUUGGAAUCUAAGAUUGAUAAAGUGUCCAGUGAAGCUUUUGAAGAGCAUAAUUCAACUGUAGAGCCAAGGGUCUCUCCUGAUAAAAGCACAACCACAGUCUUUUACACUAAAGGUGAUAAUUCAGGAAUUGAAUGUUCUUCCAUUGGCACUAAAAAUGAUUCACUGGCAAACAGAUCUACUCUGGAAAACAUAGGAGGCACCCCAACACACAAAGAUGACCACAUUUCAAUUGACAUGGAUAACUCAGAUUUACCCAUAAGUAUUGACCUCACUGAACCUGAGCCAGAAUCUAUGACAGUAACCGAGUGUGUGAAUGAAGUAAAAAAUAUGAACUGUGAUAAAGACAGUGAGCACAUAAAAUGCAGAAUAGCAGAUGAGGAUAUAAGUGUUAUCUCUGAAAUAAUAGACACUUCAGCAGCAAUGGAAGAUUUGUCAGUAAAAAGAAAAAGAAAAACUACCGAGAAAUCAAGUGAAGAAAUAAGUGAUAGUGCUGAAAAUCAUAUAAACAAUGUAAAGAAAGUUAAGUUAAGUGAGUCACCCAGGUUGUUGAAUAAUGUGGAAGAAAAUAUUGCAAACAGCCAUCAAACUGAGCUACAGCUAGACCACAGAAAACCCAAGAGUAGUGAGACUAUACAAAUUGAUUCUGAUUGUGAUUCAUUUAAGGCUUUAGAGAGUAGCAAGAAUGAAUUACCAAUGCAUCAUGGCAAAACUAAAAAGUCCAAAAGAACCAUCAUUGAUUCUGAUAGUGAUUCAUCUAAGGAUUUAGAAAGAAGUGAAGCUGAAUUUCAGAUGCAGUGUCACAAAAUUAAAAGAUCCAAAGGUAAGAUAAUUAAUUCUAAUAGUGAUUCCUCUAAUGAUUUAGAGAGCAGUGAAAUGGAACUACAAAUGCAGCGCCGAAGAACUAAAAGAUGCAGAGCCAUAAUUAUCAACUCUGAUAGUGAUUCCACUGAAGAAUCUUCAGAUAAGCCAGAUAAGAAUGUUGAACCUAGAGGAAUUGAAACUAAAUCUUUAGCAGUGAAACGUAUUGGCAUAAAAGCCACUCUAAAUGACUGGAAAUACAAAACAUGCAGUGUGUCUGUGGAAAGAUUACCACCAUCUAUAGUAGGUGCGAGCAAAGAUAAAGUAGUCAUACCAAGUGAACACAAAAAUAUGCCACUGAAAUCUGCUGUGCCUCAAAUUAAUAAAAAAAAUUCAGAAGGUGGUAUGAAUAAACUGUUUAAGGAUUCUCGAAUUACACUAGAUGAUGAUUUGCCUGAUGUAAACAUUUCCUGUGUCAGUAAGGAGAUGUCCCAUUCUCUGUCACUUUUCUCAGAAUCUCGAGAAUCGGAGAACAAAAUUGCAAGUUACCCUAGAAAUGCAAGAGAAAAUCAGAGAAAGCACAAAGGAGAAAACCUUAGAGAUAUUAAGACAGAUGUUCCUGAAGAGCAGCUUGAAUCUCAAAAAAAUUACAGUCGCCUCCAAAGAGACAAAAAGGAUCAGUUUUCUGGCACGUGUGAAAAUCAGCCAUUGUCUCGACAGAAAGACAGUAUGAAUAAGAAAGGUCCAUUGUCUACAGGUACUGAAGACGGCACUGCUCUUCAUGAUAAGGGUUAUAAUAAAGAUGAAUCAAGUGUUACAGGAAGACAUACUAGCACAUCUUUUAGUACAUCAGAGACUUUCACAAGAAACAAUAAUAGUAAAUUGUGCCAUUCAAAAGACAUAAGACUUAAUAAAGAAACAGAUAUUUCUGAUGUGGGCUCUCGUAAUAUCCUAACCAAAUCUUCUCUACCUCCAAUGGUUACAGUUAAAACAGAAAAAACUGAAGAACCAAAUGUGGAGGAAAUUAAAAUAAAGAAAGAGAAAAUUGAAGACAGUGAGAAUAAUGGAAUAUCCAUUAAGAAAGAAUUUAAUGACAAUCCUACGCAGGUACAAGAUAAGACGGUGGAUGGAGACGACGAGGAUGAUAUCAUUUGCAUGUAUUCACAGGUAGAUGAAACUAUAUGGGUUUCAAGUGAUGAGGAUGAGAUGCCAUCACAAGAUGUCUCCUUUGGUCCUUUGCCUUCUAGCCCUGACUUAGAUAUUGAAGAACUGUUUAGAGAUGAUGAACAAGAACUAAACCAAGAUGUCACCAACACAUCAAAGAAUGAUGCCCCAGAGGAAGGCAAGGCAUUAAAUGAUGACCAUUGGUUUCCUGUUCUGUCUCAGUCCUUUUUUGAUGAUGAUGACAGUGAUAAAGAUACUGACAGUAAAGGAUCUAAAUCUGCAGACUCAAGUUCUCUUGAUUCCCUGCCAGGCCCCAGUGGAAUAAACAGUGUUGAAGAUGAAGAUUGGUGGCCAGUGCUUUCACAAGAAAUAUUAGAUGAAAUAGCUGCUGAUAAGGUAGAUGACACAUACAAAAGUGAUCAGAGAUCUUCAGACAGCUCAAAAAACCUUGAGGCCAUUAUUGAAAAAUUAAAAAAUAAAGAGAAACGAACAUCUCAGUUGACAGACCCCAAGCUGCCACCACAGCGAAGAAGAAGAAGCACUUCUCAAGAGACUUCCAGAGUACAGUCACCUGAAAGUACCAUAGAUAAUGUAGAGAGUGCAUCUAAAAGCAAUAAAAAUGACAGUAAGAAAGAGGAAUGGAUUUCAACAAGUAAAAAAUCUGAGAAAUUAACUGUGCAAACUAUUACAGUUCCAGCUUGGCAAAAAAUUGUGGGUCCUCAGAAAAAGAAAUCUAAGAAUCGUUCGCACCUAAGAGAUAAUUUAACAUCAAAAUUUAAUCUUGAGUCAUAUAAAGCAACACUGGAACACAAGCCUAGAGAAAAGCAUCAUCUUAUUCCUAAAAUAAAGGAAGACCAGAGUGCUAAAGCUAAUGAUAGAAGGCAUAAUUAUCACAGAAAAUCACACUUAGUAACUGAUAAGCCACGUGCUGGUGAGAAUAUUUCUGUUCAGAGAAAAAAUGUGCAAGAUGAUAGUUCCAAAAAAGAGAAACCUCGACCUAAGGUAGCAGCAAAAGUCACAAAAAAGACACGUUCCGAGAGAUUGAUCGAUAUUGAUAUAUUCUCAUCUGCAGCACCUUUACCAAAACCCAGAAAAGUAAAUUACAAGAUCCCUAGAAAUACUGAAAAGGAAGAUUCUAAAAAUCUGAAGUCUCAAGCUUGUGAUGCUUCUGAAACCCACAUGAAUAGUGGCAGUGGGGUUGUCUUAGCAAAACCUAGGGUAAGUACCUCUAAUACUACUUCAUCCCUAGGAAUGCAACCCAAAAAUAUAAUUACUUCUGGAGAUAAUAACAAAGAAAAUGCAGACCUGCUUCAACAGACAUCAGAGGAAGUUAGAAAUGCUAAUGAUAUUGAAAAGCCUCAGAAAGGCAUAUUACGGUUGUUUAUACCAAAAUCUGGCACAAAAGAGAAAAAAGUGCACUUUCCACAGAAGUCAGAGGACCUUGUUAAUGCAUUGCUUAUAUCACCUCGCAAAGACAGUGAUAAGGCUGGAAAACUAGAAGUGAGAGCACGUGAAAUUCUACCCAGAGAACUUUUGAUACAGAAAUAUCACCUUCCACCAAACUACAUGGAAUAUUUCAUCUAUCACAUAUGUAGGUGGAAUUAUGACUGGCUAGAUGUAUACAGAAUUGGGCAAGAAAAAAAUGAAGCAAGUGGUAAAGGUGGUGCAGUACCUCCACCACCAGUAGCUACAAGUACCAACUACCCAACUCUGAUACUUUACAGUUCCUAUAAUGAUUAUAAAGAAAUAUUUAGCAAUCUUAUGUACUUAGAGGUUUGGGAAAAUGUAUAUCAGGAUUGGUUGAAAUACAGACUUUCUAACAUUUGGCUGCCCACACAAAUUGAUGUAGUGAAUCAAGCUUUUAUUGAAGAUGGAAAAUCUCCACUUAAAUUUUGGGGUAUCAAUAUGGUAACAAUAAUCACACAAAAUCAGAGCAACAGAGGAUUACAUCCUAGACAGGGCUCCCUUAUAUCUCUUAGAAUUCAAGAGGGGGUUAAAAAGAUGACUAUUUUUGGUUAUGUGGACCAUUUUACAAAGAAUCGGAAGCGUUUGAUGACAAGAGAGUUGGAACAAGCUUGUCCAAAUGGUGAAAUAUGUCUUAUGAUGGCAGUGCGAGUAACUAAAAAAGAUAUUUUGAUAGUUAAGAGUGGACAAAUUAUAUGGAUCAGUAAUGUGUCAUACAUUCGACCAAGUACUCGCAUAUGGGAAGGACUGUGUAAACUUCCUCUCUCCCCACUUUUUUCAGAUUUCCUAAAACCAACUGAAGCUGCUUUUGCUUGCAGCCGUGAAUGUGGCCAGUAUUUAGUUGAUGGGAUGUCCCUUAAUGAUGUACAAAGAAAAGCAGUUGUAGAAGUCAGUAGUAAAUGUGUGUUAAGUUACAAUGUGCCCAAGCUGAGCCUAAUCCAUGGUCCCCCAGGCACAGGCAAAACUCGCACAAUUACAGCUAUCAUAGCUCAAAUUAUAAAGAUGUCUUACAAGAGAGGGUUACCAUUUUGUCGUAUUUUACUGUGUGCUCCAUCUAAUGCUGCUGUUAAUGAGCUCACUUUAAGACUCCUUAAACUCAAAGAAAUUGGCAUAUGUUUGCGUGUUGUGAGGGUUGGUGUCAGAGAAAGUAUAAACCCAGAAAUCAAGGAGUGCCAUCUGGAUUCAUUUGUACAGAAGCAAGUUAAAUUGGAACUUUCAAGCCCUAAAAAUCUUUCCACCAAACAGGAGUGGGACAGAAGGAAAGCCAUGGUGGAAGAAGCUGCAGAGAGUUUACAAAAUGCCAGGAAGGAUAACAUGAGCAAGGAGGACAUCAAGUCUCUGGAAAAUCGUCUUACUGAAUUAGCUCGUGCUAAAGCUGAUUUUGAAAGAAGUUUCCAUUCACAGCCAUCUGCACAAGAAAGAUAUCAGUUGCAACAGAAGUGGCAGCAGCAAAUUCUUCUCAAUGCAGAAGUCAUAACGACAACUCUUGGUGGAUGCUUGUCUGGAGCUAUGUCAGAUGUUUUUAGUAACACCCCUCAUGGUUUUACUUGCUGCAUCAUUGAUGAGGCAGGACAAUGCACGGAGAUGGAAACAUGGCUACCUCUUCUUCUUAAAGUUCAUAAACUGGUGCUAGUCGGUGACCAUCGGCAGCUCCCAGCAACGGUGCUCUCCCAGUUGGCACAAAAUAAAAAUCUGAAGCAGUCAUUAUUUGAACGAUUAUAUCAUCGUUUUAUAGUAGAGCUGCAGUUAGAUAAUAUGGUACAUACUUUAAAUGUUCAGUAUCGAAUGCAUCCAGAGAUUGCUGCCUGGCCUGCUCAGCACUUUUAUUCAGACAGACUUCUCACUAGUCCACACAUUAUUGAUGAGCGGAACUGUGACCUCAAGCCAUACAUAGUGUUUGAUUUGAAGACAUCACAAGAGCAAAAGGGCCAUAACAGUGAGCUAUUUAACCCUGCUGAAGCAUCACUAGUCCGCCUUAUUAUUGAAGUGCUGGAACCAUUAGUUGGAAAUCAAAAAAUUGGAGUCAUAACACCUUAUCAGCGACAAAAAAUUUAUCUAGAAGAAAAACUUGCAAAAUUCUUUGGUCGGAUGAGCCUUACUGUAAAUACGAUUGAUGCUUUUCAGGUGAGCAAGUUAAAUUCCUUUAUAAUUUUAAUGUGCUGCAAUUUAUGUAUACACCCAACCUUUGAUUUUCAGGUAUUCUGUCAGUCCAACUUUAUUUUGUCUUAUAAAUUAAAACCACUUUAUUCUCCUUUUUGAAAUCUUUUAUUUAUUUUCACUACUUAUUCAGGCCUCAUGUACAGUAGGGCCCCGCUUUACGGCAUUCCGUUAAUACGGUCAUUUCAGAUUAUGACCAAAACACACUAUAUGGCUCCCCCCCCACCUGACUUUUUAAUACGGUCAUCGUUCCCCACCCUGUUUGUUUACAUUCUAUGUGAGAUCCGUAAGCACUAAGUCUCUCCAUUAUACACAAAUAACCCGCACAUAAAAGAGAGAAGCUUACGAUGACGUUUCGGUCCGACUUGGACCAUUGACAAAGUCACACUAACCAGAAGUGGAGCAGGACGGCUAUAUA